AUGCUUAAAAUAUUACCAAGCACAGUAUUUGGCAGUAGCGCAAAUGCAAAAUGUGGUGAAAUCUAUUGCCACAGCUCCACGGAAUUUACGAUUAUUUGUACACUGUGCGAACUCAAGGCAUUUGACUACCAGGAUUUCAUGCUUCACUGCAAGAAUGUACACUUCGAAGACGAUUUAUUGAAAACGGAAGAAAUCUUUGUUGAGGUAGCGCCAUACUUGACGUCCAAUGUUAAGGAUGAACUCAUUACCGAGGAUAACAUUGCUGAAGCUGAAUACUUGGAUGACCAUGACUUUGACAUUUCUGAUGACGAAGACGAAAAAUCGGGAUUACGUAUAAUCAAAUGGAGUGAGAAUAAAUCUUUAACGGAACAUUUAGACAGUGAUACGGAAAAUAUUUUCGAAACUAAUGUUGAUGAUGAAGAUUAUAUACCACCUACAGAUAAACGAAAGCGAAAAGAAAAACAAGGCGGACAAACGGAGUCACACAAAUGUGAAAUAUGUGCUCGUGUCUACAAAAGUUCCCAUUAUCUGCGUACACAUUUGGCAAAAGCACAUAAUUCUGAAAGCAGUAAAACAGCCACAAUACCAUUGCAAAAGUGUGACGAAUGCAUAGAAGAAUUUAAGACAUUGCGUAGUUUAGAGGAGCAUUGCCUUUCGGCACAUGGUGGUAUGAAAUGUUUGUAUUGUGAUAGACGUUGUACAUCGCGCACAAAUCACUUACGUCACAUGGAAAUUCAUACACAUGGCACAGAACGAAGAUUCACCUGUGAUUAUGAGAAGUGUACGAAAAGUUUCUUUACACGACGACAAUAUCAAGCACACAGACGCACGCAUACAAAACAAAAGAAUUUCAUAUGUGACAUAUGUGGCUACUCGUGUCGUAUACCGGAAAUGCUUAAGGUGCAUUAUCGUUCGCAUACAGGUGAGAAACCCUUUUCAUGCGAUGAAUGCGGCAAAAGUUUUGUAUCGAAAUCGGCCGUUCGGGAGCACAAAGCGUCUCAUGGCAUUGGAAGACCACAUGAAUGUAAAGUAUGUGGACGCUCAUUUGCACGAGCCAAAUCUCUAUAUCAUCAUAAUUUCUUGCAUCUCGAAGAGAAGAAGUUUAAAUGUAAAUUAUGUGAUCAAGCGUAUGCGCAGCUUGCGGGUUUAGCAGGUCAUAUGAGACGACACAAGGAGCAAGGCCAUUGUAUAGAGAUUAGCAAUAUACUUAACUGUGCGCACGUGAAAUUACACUUCAAACAAAAGCAGAGUACAGUUUAUAUUGUACAAGGCAGCAAUAACUGCCCUAUACGCCAUACAGUGAGCACGGCACUGAAAUUUAUUUGCAGUAGUCAAUAUGCAAGUAUUGAAUCACUAACUCAAUUUGAGAAUCUGCAUGCGGGUUAUGUCCGAAUAGUGCUGCUUAUUUCAAAAGGAGUUUGUGCAUUGCAAACUGAUAAUACUAAUUUGGAAAGUGAUAGUGAUAGCGAUGCGCCAUGCACAUCUCAAUGGGCGCAAAAUCGCGAGCAGCGACGUAAACGGCGUCAUCUACAUAAUUCACAAUUAUUACAAAGGCAGCAGCAACUAUUCCAUAGAGUUGAGGCAUUACGCGAUUUCCGGUGUAGUCCGGAAUUGAUCGUAUACACUCUCGAUGGUGGUGUAAAACAAAAAAGUAGUAUUGACGAAUUCCAAAGAAAAUUUAGUACGAAUAUCGAUUUCAUGCUGCGUCAACCAGAAAUAUCUCGCGAUGGUUUUACUGGAAAUUGGUUGGAGUUUAUUACAACGAAAUUAAAUGGCGCUAUGAAUCGAGAAAUGUUGAGGAAUUGCACACUUCCAACAAGUUAUGAGCAAACUAGGACCAGUAUACGUUGUGGUGAAAUAAUUUGUUAUGAUAACGUGAAUUUUACUAUAGUUUGUAUGCUUUGUAAAAUGAAGCUUUUUGAGUUUGAUGAUUUUAUGCUACAUUACCAAAAUGUGCACCUGCGAGGCAACAUACACGAUAGCGAUAGUGAUAACGACGCGGAUGGAGAAUUGGAGGAAUGUAUUAAAGAUGAGGAAUUUGAAAAUGUCGAAUACCUAGCCGAAUUGGAUGAAUGUGGUGCAAGAGCGGAUAUUAUUGAAGUGCCGUCAGCACGUAUCUUGAACGAAGUCAUUGCAAACGAAAAACAAAAUGUGCCAAUCAAAGCAGAAACCGUCGAUCCGGUUGAUAAUGACAUUACCAGUGAAUUUGGUCAAGUUGUGGAUGCUGAAGAUAUUGCUAAACCAAGCGUGUACGAGAGUGAAGAAUAUGAUGAUGAUGAUGAAGAAUGGAUGGGUAGUCAAGGAGAUGAUGAUAAUCACAUUUUAAAAAAGCCUAGAAAGCCAAAAGAGUACUCCUGUGCACAUUGCCAAAAACGUUAUACCACCGAACGUAUUUUGAAGCUCCAUAUAAACAUGAAACAUCUGCGUCCAAAGAACUUCAAAUGCGAACAAUGCACUGAGGAAUUUGUGGAGCAACGUUCACUAGAUUCACAUGUGCGGAAGGAACAUAUAGGUUUCCAAUGUACACAGUGCGACCGUGCUUAUAAAAAUUCUCGUUCAUUACGCAUACAUAUGAAAGCACACAAGGGUAUAAAAGAAUUUAAAUGUGAUUUUGAGAAUUGUGGAAAAGCAUUUAUAACUUCAUCACGUCUGAAAGUGCAUCAAAAAAUCCAUACAGAUGAACGCAACUAUAUAUGCGAAAUAUGUGGUUAUCGUACACGACAAAAGGAUGCUUUAGUCGUACACAAGCGUACGCAUACAGGAGAAAAACCUUUUGAAUGUACUAUCUGUAGUCGACGAUUUAUCUCUGCCUCAUUGCUAAACGAACACAAGCCUAUGCAUUCUACUGAGCGUCCACAUAAAUGUGAUGUAUGCGGUGCAUCAUUUUCACGUAGCAAAGCACUCUACCACCACAAACAUUUACACCUGGGAAUCAAGAAAUUCGUCUGCAAAUUAUGUGGUCGUGCCUAUGCGCAGAUGGCAGGACUAGCAGGACAUAUGCGACAACAUAAAGCAGAGGAACAAAGUUUACUUACCAUUUCGUCAUCUGACGUUAUAGGAUAUACGGUAACUUUAUUGUCUAAACCACCACAAGCAACGAAAUUGCCAGAUGGGGAAUAUGCACAUGCCAUAAUCCAAGUAGUGGGCAUGAAAGAAUUUUCGUUAAAAUUAAUCGCGAAAAUGUUAAAGCUUUUGCCGCCGGAUACGAGCAAAUUUCAUAAUUUCAAAUGUGGUGAGAUCUUUUGCAUCAGUUCGAAUAGCUACAAUGUGGCGUGCUGUUUAUGCGGAGCAAGUGUAGAGUUCGAACAAUUUCCACAACAUUUCCAAGAGGAACAUUUAACGCCCAAACCAGAAAAGGUGGAAAAGCCAACCAUAGAAACAAGUGAGAACAUUAAAAUUGAUGUAGAUCCCAUCAAAAGUGAAGAGGAAUAUAUUAGUGACCAUGGCGAUGGUUCUGUUGGUUUCGACCCUCCAGAUUCAGAACCCGAAGAAGUUGUUGACGAAAAGCCCUUCGACUUUGUUGACUUACAAAAUUUAGGAGUGAAUAUAGUUGAACCGGAAAACAAACGUAGAAAGAGGGAAGUUGAAGAUGUUGACGACCUUAGUGACACUAAGUCGUGGGAUGAUAGAAGUGAUGCCGAAGAUGAAGAUUGGCGUCCACAAGAUUCAUCGGGUGACGAGAAGCCAAAACCGCAAGAUGACAUCGAUUCACUUCCAUACCCAUGUCCGGACUGUAUGCGUUCAUAUAAAACUAAGCGCAGCAUGCUAACGCAUCAUCGACAAACACAUAAUCCAAAAACAAAAAAAUCGAAAGAACCAAAAUUGAAUUUCAAAUGCGAUGAAUGUGGCGAAUGUUUUAAAGCUGAAAGAAACCUACGUGCCCACAAGUGGAAGCAUACCGGCAUUAUAUGUGAUAUUUGUGGCAAGAAAUUCUCUCAAACUGGUAACCUGCAACGACAUAAAAUACGCCACACUGGCAUAAAGGCGCACAAGUGUCAAGAGUGCGGCAAUGACUUCUUUACCGAUAAAGAGCUAAAGGCACACAUGCUGCGCCAUACCGGCGAACGCCCUGUUGUUUGUGAGAUAUGCGGUAAACGUUGUCGUGAUCAUGGUGUAUAUAAAGCGCAUAUGCGGCGACACACAGGUGAACGACCAGCAAAAUGCGACGUCUGCGGCAAAGCUUUUUAUAGUUUCCACGAUUUAAAUGUGCACGCGGUCACGCAUAGCACCGAACGACCCUUUGCAUGCGACAUGUGCGGCUCAACGUUCCAGCGAAAGAAAUCGCUACGGGUGCACAAAAAGUUACAUUCUAAAGAUCGAAAGCAUGAAUGCAAAGUUUGUGGCAAAACAUUUGCACAGUCCGGAGGCUUAAAUGCGCAUAUGCGAACCCACGACGCCGCAUUAAGUCGGAGCAUUGUAGGCAAUGCCAGUGCCAGUAUUAGUGCCACAGCUGGUCCUGUAGUUGCAGAUGGUGUUGGUGUCGGUGUCAAUGUUGGGGUUGGUGGCACUAAUGUCAACAUGGGCAUUACUAGUGGUGUUGGUGUGGACCUUGGAACGGUAGUCAAUCCAGUUAACUCAAUAGGGGAGACAAUGUUGGGUGUUACUGGUGUGCUAAGUGGGACCGGCUCAACAAUGGAUACUGUCAACAAUUAGAUUUAUAGAAAGUACACUAUACAAUAUCAUUGUAUGUAUGUAAACGCAUAUAUGUUUGUGUAUGUUUUGGGUAUAAUUAUAAAAUUCACAUUUUUAUGCUAGUGUAAGACUAUCCCUCUUCAAAAAUUGCGUGUGCAAUUAAGUGUAACACGCACCCAUUUACAAUAAAUCAAGUAUUCUAACAUACAAAGAUUAAUAA